GGUGCCUCGAUACGACUCGUGGUGUCGCCACCGCACGUUCGGAAUGGGGGACGCGGCUGCUGAAUCUGAGUGCAACUUCUGAUGGAGAGUCCUGCAGCUCACUCAAGGGGCAACGGCGACAUCGUCGGGACUAUGAAAAAUAAGAAUCGGUUUUACUCUUUAUGGGAAUGAAACAGGAGGUGUUAAGAUGUUCAAACACCAGAUAGAUUAUAGCUUUUGCAAGGAAUCAGGUUACUGCAUUAACCACGCGUACUGAACAUGCAAACAAACACUCUCUGAUAACAUUUAAUCAUUGUCUUUGAUACUGAUUGGUCUACCCCAGAGACAGCCUUCUUCAUGGCCUAGUCUCACCAGUGUCAGACCAGAGAACAACACCAAAAGGCGACCAGUACAAAGACAAUGUAGUGUCAAGAGCAUUUAUAGCUCGGGGUGAGUAGCUAUAUCAUUGGACCUUUUUGCCAGAAUCAAAGUAUAAAAAAUAGGAAUCGGUUUUACCCUUUCUGGCAAUAAAACAGGAGCUGUUAAGAUGUUCACACACCAAAUAGAUGAUUCCUUUUUGCAAGGAAUCAAGUUACUGCAUUAACCACGCGUACUUGUGUUGAACACGCAAACAAACACGCUCUGAUAGUAAUCACAUCGUCAGGACUGUGUUACGAGGACCCGGUGUGUUGCUAUGCUGCACGGGUGUACUGCCAAUACGUACAAAUAACAAUGACCGACUGCCUCCUUGCGCAGGGAUGAACCCGGCCCAGCCCGAGUUCAUGCGCGCACGCGGCAAGCGCAGGGCGAGGGGGAAUAGAGCGGAGUGCGGGCGGUCGAGCGACUCCGACGAGGAGUGGACGGGGAGGAGGAAGAGGAAGGAGGUGGCGAUGCACGGAGGACGAAGAGGCAAACGAGGAGGCAAGGGGGCUGCUUCACGCUGGGCCACCGUGGGAGAGUCUCACGCGAGGGCAGCUUCCAGCAAGCGCAAGACUAAAGCGGAAGCCCUGGAGUACGUGUGGAGCAUCUUGCAGGGCGUGGAGGAGGAGGAGCAGCAGGAGGAGGAGUUCAGGGGAUUUGAGCUGAGGGAGGUGCACAAGGCCAGGAUGGCGAUGUUCAGGCUGGAGCGCAGAGCCACCGCCUGCAAGGAGGCCCUGAGGGUGGCGCUCCAGAGGAUACGUGGAGGCUCCUCCGUGCCGCCGGCCUCCGCCCAGGCUGUGGCGGUGUCGCGCAGCGCUCGCUCUCGCUACGGCCUGCGCCCGCGCGAGAGGAAAGUCUACACAGAGGUGGAGGAGCCCCAGGACGACGACUUCUUCUUCUGCGAGCUGUGCAGGGAUUUCUACCUGGGGGAGUGCUCCGUGCACGGCCCGCCAGAGUUCAUUGCAGACGCGGCCGUGGCCCCGGGAGUGGCCAACAGGGCCCGGCUCAGCCUGCCCCAGGGCCUCACCGUCGGCGCCUCCUCCAUCGCCGGCGCCGGCCUCGGGGUGUGGAGCAACAGGAAGAAGCUGCCCAAGGGGGUGAUUUUUGGGCCCUACCAGGGAGAGGUGUCUGAGGAGAACCCCGUGAGCGAGUACUGCUGGCUGAUUUACAAAAACAAAAAGGAUCGUGAAUAUGUUGAUGCUCAGGAUGAAUCUAAAUCAAACUGGAUGAGGUUCGUCAACUGCGCGAGGAAUGAGCAGGAGCAGAACCUGGUGGCCUUCCAGCACCGGGGGCAGAUUUACUACCGCACAUUCCGUGCCGUGGGGCCCGGCUCUGAGCUGCUGGUCUGGUACGGCGAGGAGUUCGCCCAGGAGCUGGGCAUCGCCUGCGAGGCCGGGCCCUCGCGACGCCGCAGCAGCAGCAGCAGCGAGAUGGCUCCUAGGGCCACCGCCAGAGACCUGCAGCCCGUGCAGCCUCCACCAAGCGAGGAACACCGUGAGCACUGCUCACCAGAGACUCACCACUGCUCACCAGACUAUAGCCACCACUCACCAGAGAUGAUAGCCACCACUCGUGUGCAAGAGUGUUCAUGUCUAGAUGUUGGUGUGUGCGCGUGUGUCUUGUUCCUCUGGGAUGACGCAGGUGGAGUGGGUGUGGAGGUCACAAGGCUGCCGUGUCCUGCCUGCAACCGUCAGUUCAUCUGCCGCUCGAGUCUACAGUAUCACGUGCAGAGCAGACACCCCACUAAGCCCAGUAACAAAAGUCAUCAGUGUGACCAAUGUCCAUACAGCACAGACUACAAGAGUACCUUGAAGAAGCACCAGAGAACACACACGGGAGAGAAGCCGUUCAAGUGCACCGUGUGUGAGAAGGCGUUUGCACGGCUAUCACAUCUUCACAGCCACCAGAGAACACACACGGGAGAGAAGCCGUUCAAGUGCACCGUGUGUGAGAAGGCAUUUGCACAUUUACAACAUCUUCACAGCCACCAGAGAACACACACGGGAGAGAAGCCGUUCAAGUGCACCGUGUGUGAGAAGGCAUUUGCACAUUUACAACAUCUUCACAGCCACCAGAGAACACACACGGGAGAGAAGCCGUUCAAGUGCACUGUGUGUGAGAAGGCGUUUGCACAGCUAUCAGAUCUUCACAGGCACCAGAGAACACACACGGGAGAAAAGCCGUUCAAGUGCACCGUGUGUGAGAAGGUGUUUGCAGACCCAUCCAGUCUUUGCCGGCACCAGAGAACACACACCGGCCAGAAUGCAUUUUCUCAUUCCCGUGGAAACAGAAAAGUCAGCCAUCCUGAGCAAAACGCGCACAGCGCCGAGCUCCCUGCCCCGUGCGACCAGCAGCAGCAGGAGAUGGGCGACUUCCGAGACAUCAGAGGCUUCUUCACCAAGGCCGAGUGGAGCGAUCUGGCCGAGUGCGAGAAGCGGCGCUACAGGAACAUCAAGCAGAACCACGCCGUCCUGCUGAACCUCGGGAUGAACCCGGCCCAGCCCGAGUUCAUGCGCGCACGCGGCAAGCGCAGGGCGAGGGGGAAUAGAGCGGAGUGCGGGCGGUCGAGCGACUCCGACGAGGAGUGGACGGGGAGGAGGAAGAGGAAGGAGGUGGCGAUGCACGGAGGACGAAGAGGAGGAGGCAAGGGGGCUGCUUCACGCUGGGCCACCGUGGGAGAGUCUCACGCGAGGGCAGCUUCCAGCAAGCGCAAGACUAAAGCGGAAGCCCUGGAGUACGUGUGGAGCAUCUUGCAGGGCGUGGAGGAGGAGGAGCAGCAGGAGGAGGAGUUCAGGGGAUUUGAGCUGAGGGAGGUGCACAAGGCCAGGAUGGCGAUGUUCAGGCUGGAGCGCAGAGCCACCGCCUGCAAGGAGGCCCUGAGGGUGGCGCUCCAGAGGAUACGUGGAGGCUCCUCCGUGCCGCCGGCCUCCGCCCAGGCUGUGGCGGUGUCGCGCAGCGCUCGCUCUCGCUACGGCCUGCGCCCGCGCGAGAGGAAGUCUACACAGAGGUGGAGGAGCCCCAGGACGACGACUUCUUCUAGUUCAUUGCAGACGCGGCCGUGGCCCCGGGAGUGGCCAACAGGGCCCGGCUCAGCCUGCCCCAGGGCCUCACCGUCGGCGCCCUCCUCCAUCGCCGGCGCCGGCCUCGGGGUGUGGAGCAACAGGAAGAAGCUGCCCAAGGGGGUGAUUUUUGGGCCCUACCAGGGAGAGGUGUCUGAGGAGAACCCCGUGAGCGAGUACUGCUGGCUGAUUUACAAAAACAAAAAGGAUCGUGAAUAUGUUGAUGCUCAGGAUGAAUCUAAAUCAAACUGGAUGAGGUUCGUCAACUGCGCGAGGAAUGAGCAGGAGCAGAACCUGGUGGCCUUCCAGCACCGGGGGCAGAUUUACUACCGCACAUUCCGUGCCGUGGGGCCCGGCUCUGAGCUGCUGGUCUGGUACGGCGAGGAGUUCGCCCAGGAGCUGGGCAUCGCCUGCGAGGCCGGGCCCUCGCGACGCCGCAGCAGCAGCAGCGAGAUGGCUCCUAGGGCCACCGCCAGAGACCUGCAGCCCGUGCAGCCUCCACCAAGCGAGGAACACCGUGGAGUGGGUGUGGAGGUCACAAGGCUGCCGUGUCCUGCCUGCAACCGUCAGUUCAUCUGCCGCUCGAGUCUACAGUAUCACGUGCAGAGCAGACACCCCACUAAGCCCAGUAACAAAAGUCAUCAGUGUGACCAAUGUCCAUACAGCACAGACUACAAGAGUACCUUGAAGAAGCACCAGAGAACACACACGGGAGAGAAGCCGUUCAAGUGCACCGUGUGUGAGAAGGCAUUUGCACAUUUACAACAUCUUCACAGCCACCAGAGAACACACACGGGAGAGAAGCCGUUCAAGUGCACCGUGUGUGAGAAGGCAUUUGCACAUUUACAACAUCUUCACAGCCACCAGAGAACACACACGGGAGAGAAGCCGUUCAAGUGCACUGUGUGUGAGAAGGCGUUUGCACAGCUAUCAGAUCUUCACAGGCACCAGAGAACACACACGGGAGAAAAGCCGUUCAAGUGCACCGUGUGUGAGAAGGUGUUUGCAGACCCAUCCAGUCUUUGCCGGCACCAGAGAACACACACCGGCCAGAAUGCAUUUUCUCAUUCCCGUGGAAACAGAAAAGUCAGCCAUCCUGAGCAAAACGCGCACAGCGCCGAGCUGUGAAUUAGUUUUAAACAACAGGCCACGUGACUAGCCGAGGCUGUGCCACUCUUGAAACUGAUUUUGAAUGUGAACACGGAAACCUACGGACCCUCCUACACCUGCCUCACACUCUGUGGGGGGUGGGAGAUUAAACCGACCUGGCCACCCCUCGAUUGCAAGUGCGGAGUUCUAGGUCCCAACCACUGCACGUGUCCCCCCCCACCCCCAUCACCUGGGGGUCCCUGUGUGUGUGAGUGUGCAGAGUCCCCCGUGCAGAGCUGCACUGUUGUUACCCUAGAGGGGGACACCGCAGGGCGAUCCACCUACAGAUACCCCAGUCUGCACGUCUCCCGCCGGUCUCCAUGCGCACCGCGUGCCGUCUCGUAGCCCUGCCCCGUGCGACGUACGUACAGUACGUACAGUACGUACCCAUCCAGCGGUAGACUGAACCGCGGCCGAUGACGAAGGUGGCAUCCGCUCACAAAUCUCCGUGCACUCAGUCCCGUAGCCCUGAGCCAUCGCUUGCGCGAUAUUCACUUUGCCGCUGAGAGGAAAGCUACGGGGAGGAGGUGGGGGGGGGUGUUAGGAGAGGACAUCUGUGGAACGGCUGGAGAUCUGCGAAG